GACCCGCUCCGCCACACCCAAGAUGGCCCCUGGGGGCGGCCGCUGCGACGUGGUGGGCGCUGGGCGGAGAGUCCACAGGCGGUCGCCUCACGUGAGAGCUGAAAAGGGAAGAACCGGGACGGCGCGGGGCACUGAAGGGGGUGGGUUGCCGCCCGCUCCCCGGUACCGCCGCCUCCACAGCGGCGUGUUCCAAAGCACCCGGGUACUCCGCUCCGCAGGAGCGCCGGAGGAAAGAGCGUCAGGACUACAAGUCCCAGCGUGCACCGCGGCGCACCGCCAGCGGCGAGGCUUUUCCACCAUGAGGACGCGAUCCCUGCUCCCCGCUCUGCUGAGCCUCUCGCUGGCGCUGCUGGGGCCUGGCGAUGGAGCCAUUGUGUUGUCAGUGCCUGAAGUGGUUUCUCUAGAAAGUGGAAGUUCAACAAACAUCACAGUCUCUCUGAGGGCUCCACUAAAUGAGACACUGGUGAUAACUCUUAAUAUUACACACUCCUCAAAGCACAGCACCAUUGUUGAACUUCCUGAUGAGGUACAGUUCCCUGCAGGUCACACUAAAGCAGACUUCCAAGUGAAAGCAGAUGAUGUGGGACAAGUUACAGUUUACCUUUAUCCUAAUAAUUCCAAUUUAACUGGGCCUAGGAUUCAAUUUCAAGUGAUCCACAGCAUCAUAGUGAGAUAUGCUGAUGAGGUGAUUGGCUGGAUCUAUUUCGUCGCCUGGUCCAUCUCCUUUUAUCCUCAACUCUUUGAGAACUGGCGAAGGAAAAGUGUUGUUGGACUAAGCUUUGACUUCAUAGCAUUAAACCUUACUGGCUUUAUAGCAUACAGUGUGUUUAAUGUUGGGCUCUUCUGGAUUCCCUUGAUUAAGGAGGAAUUCCUGGUCAGUUAUCCCAGCGGGGUGAACCCUGUGGCCAUCAAUGAUGUUUUCUUCAGUCUCCACGCAGUAGCCCUGACCCUCCUCACCAUCAUUCAGUGCUGCAUCUACGAGAGAGCAGGUCAGAAAGUAUCCAAAGUUGUUGUUGGACUCCUGGCACUUGCAUGGAUCUUCACCUUCACAACGCUGUUCCUGGCUGCAGCUGAGGUGAUGACAUGGCUGCAGUUCUUGUUCUGCUUCUCCUACAUUAAGUUAGCAGUCACACUCAUCAAAUACUUCCCACAGGCCUACAUGAAUUUCCGUCGGAAGAGCACUGAGGGAUGGAGUAUUGGAAAUGUGUUACUGGACUUCACAGGGGGAAGCUUCAGCCUUCUCCAGAUGUUUCUGCAGUCAUACAACAAUGAUGAGUGGAGGUUAAUCUUUGGAGAUCCAACCAAGUUUGGUCUGGGUGUCUUCUCCAUCAUCUUUGAUGUUGUUUUCAUGGCCCAGCACUACUGCCUGUACAGGAGACGAGGGUAUGAACCUUGUGAAUAACCAGCCUCACUUGUGGAGACUCAAACUUUAAACUGAACUCGGCCCUUCCCUGUCUGAGGGCUUUCAAGAUUCUUGCUGCCAGUUACCAGAAAUACUGAUUCUGAUCUCUGUGACUUGAUCCUCUCGGGGCUGCAACACAAACUGUUGCCUUGCCAAGCACUGGCUGCCAGAUGCCUUAAGGACAGCAAGCCCACAGCUGCACCUGGGGGACUCUUGCCUGUUGGAGCUGCACACACAGCUCAGAGGGAGCUGUCCAAGCAACACAUGGCUCUUUUUUCACCAACCACAGGGAAGAGAAAGACCAAAGUGAUGUCUUUCUGAGUAGAGGUGAAGCACAAAGAGCUGAGUUCUGUCUUCCAAAAAAUCUGAGAUCAUGUUUAAGCAACCACUUAAUAUCUUUUAAGUAAUGACUGAAGACUGUCUGUGGAUCCAAGUGCUGCUGCUGACCUCUCCCAGACAGCUCACAGUCCACCACUCAGGCUGGCCACAGUGGUACAUCACAGUAAUGGAGUUGGUAACAAAUGCACAAAUAUUACAAUUUGAACUCUUUAUUAAAAAAAUUCCUAAAAAACAGAA